AUGAAGUUGUCCAUGAAGUUCUUCCUAUUUAGCUUCCUUCUAUUCUAUUCUUCCAUAUCCAUCAAUGCCAGAAUAUUCGAUCGUUGCUCAUUGGCGCGGGAAUUGUCACGUUUACGUGUACCUCGUGGCAACAUUGCGGCUUGGGUCUGUAUCGCUCAGUACGAGAGUACCUUCAAUUCGGCGGCUAUAGGACCACCCAAUUCAGAUGGUUCCCGCGAUUGGGGUAUCUUUCAAAUAAACGAUCGUUUCUGGUGCGAUCCUCAAGAUGGACGCCGAUCCUCAAAUGCGUGUCGUACACCAUGCCGAGCUCUAACAACAGAUAACAUCAGUGUUUCGGUACGUUGCGCACGGCAAGUACAAAGUGCUCAAGGUUUUGGAGCCUGGACGGUGUGGAACAACCAGUGUCGCGGUGGAGCAGCUUUACCUAAUAUUAAUGACUCCAUGAAGUUCUUCCUAUUCAGUUUCCUUCUAUUCUAUACUUCUAUACCCAUCAAUGCCAGAAUAUUCGAUCGUUGCUCAUUGGCGCGGGAAUUGUCACGCUUAGGUGUAGCUCGUGGUAACAUUCCCGCUUGGGUCUGUAUCGCUCAGUAUGAGAGUACUUUCAACUCGGCGGCUAUUGGACCACCCAAUUCAGAUGGUUCCCGCGAUUGGGGUAUCUUUCAAAUAAAUGACCGUUUCUGGUGCGAUCCUCAAGAUGGACGCCAAUCCGCAAAUGUGUGUCGCAUACCAUGCCGAUCUCUUACAACAGAUGACAUCACUGCAUCGGUUCGUUGCGCAGGGCAAGUGCAAAGUGCUCAAGGUUUUGGAGCCUGGACGGUGUGGAACAACCAGUGUCGCGGUGGAGCAGCUUUACCUAAUAUUAAUGACUGUUUGUAA